ACAAACUUGCAAGUGCUUCAGUUUAUGCAAAAUGUCUUGAGGCCUUGAAGAGAAACUUCCCUGUGAUUUGGUGUAACUACUGCCAAGAAGCAACUACCAUUGUUUCCGUGAAUCCAAAUUUCCAAUACAGACGCACUCAAAAUAUUUCUGAUGAUUUCAUUUAUUUCCGUCCUAUUAAUGCGGAAAAUCGGGAAAGGGCCAGAAAACAAAAACAACAGAAUUCAACUGUGGUCUCCCAGCAACCCACCUCUGAAGGUAUCCAUCAGAGGGACUUGGGGCUUAUGAAUCAGGUGGUGAAGGUUACCACCCCCCCACUAACUAAGGAGGUAGAAAGCAGUGCCCUUGUAAAACCAAAAACUUUAGGGCUUCUUCGCAUAGAGAAAAUCCCAGUUAAGUAUCUAUGGGUCCCAGAAUUUCAACGCUUAGAAGUUACAGGAAUUGCCAGUCCAAAGGAAAGGGGGAAAGGCACAGCAAUCCUUGUUGCUGGUGUGCCUGGAAAGGAGGAGCUAGAUGAUACAGAAAUUCCAACUUUGCACUUCACUGGGUUUGUACACCUGGAGGCUUUACUAAAUAAAUGUUCACCAUCCUCAGAAUACAGUCGCCCAGGAACCCCAGGAAAUCUGUGGAUGGAAUCUCCAGAAAAUGCAGAGUCCCCAGGAAGUGAUGAUAUGGAAGUAGCGAGAAGCAUGUAUCCUUUUAGAGAAAGAUCCAUCUUUCGGCGUUCCUGGGCAGAGCUCUUAGAGGCACCACUAAAUAGUGAGGGGCUCCAUAUUAUUCAAACGAUCCCCAAUGAAGAAAACAGAGAUAUGGGUUGCAACAAACUAACACCACAGGAAGAGAAUCAAGUAAUCCCCCUUCCCAAGGAUCAACAUGUCCAGGCUUUGCAAGGCCCUUUCCCCUUGUUGCCCGAGCGCCCUAAGCUCCAAAGGCAGCGUAGUCGAAGCUUACCAAGAUACAGUGAAGUCAGAGGCCAAUAUUUAAAUACACCUGAAUUCAAAGGAGACGCAGAAGAAACUCUCUUCUUCCCACGUGAUCGUCAUUUACUAACAGAAGAAAAUAUCAAGGAAAGAAACAACAUGGAGGGAGCCUGGCUAAGAGCAAUUCCAUCACAGUCUGGAGAACAUUUUCCCAUUUUGCCAAGAUUUGACAAUUCUGCGAUUCAAGGAAACUUUGGAAUUCCUGAGGAUAAUUCUGCACGUCCCAGAGGCAAUAUGAGAAUUCCCCAGAGCAAUGUCAAUACUAUCCCCAUGGUUAAUGUUGGAAUUCCCAUAGAUAAUCCUCAGAUUCUUACAGGCAGUACUGGAGUUCCCAGGGGCAGUGGUUUUCGAGUUUACAUGGGCAACAGUGGUAGACCUUCCAGACGUAUGGUAUCUUCUCCACUUAUUGAGCUCUCAAAGAUAGGUGAACACCAGUUGUAAAAACUGACACUACAAAGCUAUCCUGAUAGUUGAAGAAACAAAGACAUUUAAGAUCAAAACAGACAUGUACAAACUUGACAACUCAAUGCUAAACGGGACAUCUAAAUUCUGAAUACACAAAGAACAUAAUUACCAAACCUGAGAUAAUUAUUUAUUAGAUUGGAUAUAACUCAAUUGUACCUAACUGGUUUAUUCUGUAUUUAGUACUCAAAUAGAUACAGAGUAAUCUGUUUGUAGAAGUGUGUUGUAGAAGUGUACUUCUUCAUUGAACAAAAUACUAAGUAAUUUUAAAAUGACAAUGUCUCCUGGUAAUUUCAGGUCUUCUUGGAUAUACUUUGAUAGACAAAUGAAAAUGAUCUCAGAGGUAUUGACAUUUAUUUUAAUGAGUCUAGCUUAAUGUCCAAGACAUUUAUUGACUGAAAGCUAAGAAUCCAGGAGAUUUGCCAAAAGAUUCUUGAAUACAGUACUUCUGUGAACUAUUUUAAAAAGACAUCUAGAAAAAAUAGUUCACUAACAAAAGUAUUUAAAUAUGCCUAUUUGUUUUCUGACAUAUACACAGCAAAAUUGUAAAUAUUUAUAGCAAGCCUUAAAAAUACAAGGAGACAACUAACUGUAGAACUGUAAAUAGCAUAUGUUGUUGUGAUAUUAAUAUAAGACAACAGUAACAGCACCACACAAUGCCUAAAAUACUGCAUGCUAAAACAAUGGUUUUGGUUUGGAAGUUUUUUUUUUAAACUUUCUGUCAAUUUACAUAAGAGGAUUCAGGAUAGAAGAUAAAAAUUCUUGAAAUACUUUAUGAGAUGAAUAAAUAGGAUGUUCUUCCCAGAAAAAUGAAGAAAGCAUUUCAUUGGCCCAGAUGAUCAGCCCAGUAUUAAAAUUACCCAGCCUGGUUUAUCUAUACAAUAUGGCUUUGUGGAACAUUUAUUUCACCAGUUUUGUAAAAUAAAAUAUUACCAGAAGGUAAUGAGAUUAACUGAUAAAUUUCUUGGGAAGGUAAUCUCAUUACAAACAAAACCCUGCCAUUGUAUUAUAUUCAUACCUAAGAUAAAUUUUGUGCUGUGUUUUAGGGCACAUGGGCCACUAUUCAAUUUGUAUAUUUAAAAUUUAAACUUUCCUGAAGAAUGGUUGCUGUUGUUUUUUACAAUAUCAAGGGCAAUUUAAAGAAUAGGUUACCACCUAACCCCUUAUUAUGUGCCUUAACACAUAGUGCAAGGGGUGGUAAUCUUGGGUCUGAAGGCAAACUCUUGCCUUUUUAGAUUUAGUUUGCUUCUGAGGAAGGAGGUAAAGAGGCUAGCUAGUCUCCCUCCCUUCACUCCCCAUGGUUCAGCAUGUGCUUUAUGAACCAGGGUUCUGGCCUCAGAAAACAAGGAAAGGUAGUGAGAGUAUUUCUCCUACUUCUUACCAACCCAGAAGAUGAGAUACCAUUUCAGUCUUGAGUCACCCGACUUUUACCUAGGGUGGCAAAACCACAGAAAUCACAGAAGGAUACAGGCAACCAUACUUAAGUUACUGCCAAUACUUGACUGAGAAUAAAAUAAAAACCAAACUGACAGAUCACCUUGCUUAACGGAUAGUCUACUCUAAUGCUCUCUUGUCAUGUUGACUUUAGAAAACAGAACUAUUGCAUUCUAAGUUUCAAAGAAAACCACCUUGUGGGUGAAAAAACCUAACAAGUCAGUAGAAGCUGAGAAAUAACUUACCAAGAACUAAUGUUUAUCAAAAGCAAAAGUAGAAAGAAAGACAGUAAACAAAAUUUGGUUCAAUUAUAUAUAACACUAAUAUAUAAUUGAAAUUAGU